AUGAGUCAAGCACCACGAUUUCAAAACCCGCCCACAUCACCUUCAUCAACGACGAGAGUACACGCUCAUCAGGCUCAUCAACUACAUGAUACAAGUGGAUCGGGAGGAGAUGGAACCAUUCCGUCUUUUGAUGAGGAGGAGUUACAAAUGUUGUAUACAUGGGUCGAUGAAAUACCUUUGAGUAGACCUAAAAAGAACAUUGCCCGAGAUUUCAGCGACGGAGUAUUGAUGGCAGAGGUGGUUAAGCAUUUCUUUCCGAAAUUGGUGGAUCUUCAUAAUUAUGUUUCUACAAGUAGCUCUAAGCAAAAAGGAUACAAUUGGCAAACCUUAGACCAAAAGGUAUUUCAAAAAAUUGGUUUUUAUGUAGACCCUAAAGAAUUUGACGACAUGGUAAAAUGUAAACCCUUUGCGGCUGAACGAAUGUUAAAGAACUUUCAAAUCAAAGUAUCUCAAAUUCAACAACGAAAGCUUACUCAACAACAACAACAAGGGUCUAGGGCGUCAAGCGGACUAGGAAAUCACAACAAUUCUAGGGAGAAUUCAAACACGCAACAACAGACAACAUCAAAAACAAGGAGACCUGCUUCUGCGUCAUCAGCUCGUUCUCAGAGAGCAACCCAGAGAGAUUAUGGUGACGAUCAUAUGGACGUAGUGUCGAACCAAAAAGGCUCUAGUCAACAAGCUCCAAACAAAGUGAAGGAGAAUCAUGACAAUGUUCAAACACCUAACAACGAUUCCAUGUACCAUAACUCAAAUCCGUUAGGAAAAUUUUCUACCGAGGAUAUCGAACUAGUUCGAGAAAAAGAUGCAAAAAUUCAUGAGCUUGAGGAGACGGUCAAGCUUCUUGAGUCAAAAAUCAACAAACUACAACUUCUGAUACGUCUAAAAGACUCCAAAAUUCAAGCUCUAAAUAAUAAAAUUAAAAACUGA